AUGCCAAUCAUCCUAAUUUUAGUUAUAUUUAUGUGUAUCCAAACAAAAUUAAUAGAUGCUGAUGAUGAAAAUGAUCCAGCUGUAGAAUGUUUAACAACAGAAAAUGUAACAGCUUCUGAUGCUUUUGAAUUCAUUACCAAAAAUCUAACACUUGCCGAAUUGAUGCCGAAUUUAAAGUGCUAUGCUGCAUGUUGUCUUGAGGGUAUGAAUGCAUUAGUCAAUAAUUGCACUUUUCAGCCUGAAUUGGCUAAAAAAUAUGUCACCGAUAAUGGAUUGAGAAAGGAUUUGUUGUCAGCAUACGAUGCAUGUCACAAUAGUUCGAUAAGUAGUGUGGAACGUUGUGAAUGUGGAUAUCAAAUUUAUAAGUGUGUUAUGGAAUAUAUGGAUUUUGAAAGAAAUUAA